AUGUUUGCAGAAGCUUUAGGAGAAGACGAUGAAUAUGUUCGCCUUCAAAAAAUAAGUUUGGGAAUUAAGGAGGUUUCUUUUAAUUUAAGAAACAUGUAAAUUAUCACAGAUCAUAACAUCUUAAAAUCAAUGAUUUGCUCCUAUCCCUUUUAAAUGGCAAGCAUAGAAUUGCUUAUGUCUGCUUUCUUUGAUUAUUUCAAACAUCGGUUAUUUCUUUUGGCUUUUUAUAGGGCACUGUAAGAAGUAAGUGAAUUAUAAGAAUACAGAGAAUUUUUAGGAAACAGAAGCACCAGAAGUUUGAAAAUGGCAAUUAAUGGAAAUGUUAAUAAGAUUAUUGGAGAAUAAUAAAAAUAAGGGUCUAUUCCAUUUUCGAAAUAAGUUAUCGAGAAAUUGUUAAUAGCCAAAAGAUUCGCUUGUUCUUACUUGAAGAGAUUCUUUUUAUUGGCGAUUGAAUUAAAUGUAGAUUUGGAAGAAAUGUCAAUAAUUUUUAAACAAUUCAUAAUGCAUACUCGAAACCAUAAAUUUUAGCAAUAAUUGAUUGAUUAAUUCUUCGAUUGCAAAUAGAGUAUAUUUUAUAAUUUUUCAUGGAAGAAUAAAUAUGAUUAAGAAUUGGAUGAUUUUUGCAAUAAAUGGACUAUUGAGAUUGCUCCUUAAUGGAUAUUAGAUAGAAAGUAGUCUAUGUCUUCAUUUAAUUAUAUUGGAACAGAUAACAAGAUCAAAACUGAAUAGGAUGAUGAAUAUCUAACACCUGCCAGUAAAGUAGAGUCUGUAGCUGAUUACAUUGAGAUUAUGCAGAAGAUGAUCUGCAAGCCUAUUGAAAUGGUUACUCAACAUGAUCUACUCCAAUUACAUAAUAGUGAUAAUAUCGAAAUACUGAUCAAAUUUAUAAUAAAUCCUCUAUCAGAAGAACUCAUAGAUGAUUGGGGUUUACUCUUUUAAAGGAAGGAAAUAGGAAACAGUGAAUACAAAAAUAUAUUCAAAUCUAGUACUAUACCCAUGGAUUAUCUGAACACUGUUCGAUCCUUCAAAAGUCUGUAGUUUUUGAUAUAAAAGGUUAACCAUUCUAGAUAUUAUCAGACGAUAUAAGAAAUGAUGCCUAUAAUAUUUGAGAAGAUUUUAGAAAGCCUUAACAAUGAGUCAAUUUAAUUGAAUUUAAAUCAUUUAGCCAUGCUUAUCGAUUAAUUAUUACUUAUUUGUCCCAAAGUUAGUAUAUUAAAGAUCAUUGAAUUGGAUUUCUUAUACCUCUUCUUGUAAUAUUCUAAUAAUACUUUCAUUGAAUCUUUGAUAAUAGAUAUUUUAGAUUUAACAGUGGAUAAAUUUAAAUUUGGUAAUUACAUUUAAGAAUAGAUUUGGACAUACCUCAUAGAAACUAAAUGGAUAGACUAUCUGCACCAUCAUAUCUUCUAAUAAAAUCUUACUUUUAGCAACCAACAAUUUCCAAUAAUUCAAGAGAAUGAUUAAAAAUCAAAAAUCCUCAAUCUUUUAUCAAAAUUUAAAGAUGUUUAAAAACCUAUUGAAAUUGUAAGGAUAAACAUAUUGGAUGAAUACAUUGGACAUUUAGGAGGUUCGUCUGUUUAGCAAAAUCAAGAGGAGUAUGUAUAACUACCUGAAAAUUUAUCAUAUGCUUAAUUAUUAGAGUAGGAUGUAGAUGCAAUUCGACAUUAUUUAGAGGAGAGAAGAACACGCAAUUCCAUAAAUUAUAGCAGAAAAUAAAGUAGAAGAAUUGAAUCAUUAACUGCUACCAAUCGGUCUAAUGUAAUUUCUCAUAAUCGUAAUGUAACACUACCUUCACUUACUUCAUUUAAUACAAUCAAAUCAAUAGGCACUGUUACUAAUGACUCAAAAUAAAAAAGAGGGAGUGUUGAUAAAUUUGAAACUACUGAAAAAACUGCAAUUUCUAAAACCUCGUAAAUGAACUUAACAUUAUUAUAAAGUUCUAGAAUUUCAAUAUCAUCCGACUCAGGAUUUUCAAGUAGUAAACUAGUAAUGCUUUAUCCUUCAAGCAAUCUUAAAGCAAAUCCGAGUCAAUUCGAAUUAGAUUAAUCGCAAUUUUACUAUAAUACAACAACAUUUGAGUAUCUAAUAAACAUAUUGGAGAAAAUACUGAAUGUUACUCUAAUUCAUUAAGUGAGGAAACCCAUCAAUUUAGAAAACGAGAGCUUUUGCAAAUUGUUUUUUAAUUAAGACUUAGUAUUUUCCUUAUAUAAAUUUUAUUUAUAUGAGAUCAAUUUGAAUAAAGAAAUUAGUUUCUAAUGUGGGAGAAUUAUAAAUUCAAUAUACUAUCUUGCUAAAAGGUAUGGAAAUGUUGAAGAAUAAUUAAUUUUAAAGGAUGUGUUUUUUUAAAUAGUGGAAUACUUGAAUAAAAUAAUCAUUAAUGCAAAUAAAUUAAACUCUGAUAUGAGUAUAACUGAGCAUUUUACCUUUUUUUAAACAAUAAAAAAUGGGUUUGAGAUCUUUGAACCUUAUGAUGUGACUAGAUUAAAUAAAAAUAUCUACAAAUUCUUAAAUGAAACAGUCAUCCAUUUAUACAUUAUUUAUUUUUUUAAGAGCAAAUAAAAUACUUUAUAUCAUUAUUACUUUGUUGAAUUCAUUAAUUUUAUCUUUGAAAACGCUCCUGCUUACCUACUUUAAAAUAUACUGUUCAAUGUUGGAUUAAUUAGUUCGCUUUAUAAUGCCUAUACAACGUUUUAUGCAAAUGGAUUUAAGAGUCACAGUUACAAUGAAAGUUUAUUUUGUUAUAUCAUUAAGUUAAUAAGAUCAAUUCACAGCAAUUUAAAUAAAAGAGAAUUGACUGUAAUUUUAAACUCCUUGCAACCUCUUGAUUCAUGGAAAUGCUUAUUGAAAACUGUUCCUAGCAGCCAGAUAAAAAACGAUAAAAAAUUAAAAACUCAGGAAGUAGAAUUACAAAAAUCUCUUCUUGAAUCUUAACGAAGCAUCAGAUAAUCUGCUUUAAAUGAUAGUCGAGCUUCACUAUCUCUAACAGUUAAUAAUAGAAAAAAUUCAUAAAUGUAAUCCACUCCCCAAAAAUUCAGAACCAGAAUAUAGUAAUAACUUGAAUAAAAAAGUACUUCUGGUCAGUCCUCAUCCUAACUGGUCUACUGA